AUGUUGCCUUUGGACAUUAAUAAGAACAGCUAUUCAAACCUUUGCAGGCUUGGGAUUAGGUAUGCUGAGGCAUAUAUGCCAUGCGAUGCAUUCCAAUGCUUCAUUAAAGCUAUCCAUUUAGGCCUUGAUAGAGGAGAAGCAUGGAUCAAUCUUGGUAUUUUAUAUGAAAUAUUCGACCAGUAUGACCAAGCUAGAAAGGCUUAUUUAGAAGCCAAAAAGAUAAGAAGCACAAUGAGUCUGGGAAGGUUAAUGCUGAAAAAAGUUGGAACUUUGAAGAAAAAAGACCUUAAAUUUGUGCACCCGUUGCAAGAGGACAAAGAAAUUGCAAGAAAAAUAAGGGGGAAAAGGCUGAGAUUUGAAGAUUUUGAGGAGUUAGGAAAACCUGGAAGAAAAAUCCAGCUAAGAAGCGAAGAUAUAGCCCCAAAAGCAUGCUCAGUUCUAAGCUUGAGUGAAAUUCAGAGUCAAAUAGAAACAACCGAUUUUUCGAUUUUAGAAGAAAUUGCGAAAUUUCUUUCGCCACUAAACUAG